AUGGACGCAAGCAAUUCAAAAUUUCGCAUUGUCUCUGUGCAAAACGAGGAUCAGCUGAAUGCAGCUAAAGCCUUAUUCAUAGCCUACACUAAAUGGCUAGGCAUUGAUCUCACAUUCCAAAACUUUGCUUCGGAACUACAAGCCCUUCCUGGCAAAUACUGCGUCCCUCAGGGAGAGCUGCUACUAGCAUAUAGCACGAACGGAGAGAAAGCUCUAGGAUGUGUGGCUGUUCGCCCUCUUAGCCAUAACGACAGGUCUGAAAACCAACAUGGGUCCCAGGAGCAGGGAGGCUGUUGUGAAAUGAAGCGGUUGUACGUCUCCCCCGAGGCCCGAGGGCUGGGACUGGGCAAGGCAUUGAUCGAUACUAUCGUUAAGCGAGCAAAAGAACUCGGUUAUAGAGAGAUGAGACUCGACACUCUUCCUUUUAUGGCGGGGGCUAUCCAGCUGUACAAGCGGGUAGGAUUCGUUGAAAUCCCUCCAUAUUAUGAAACACCUCUGGAGGGGACGCUUUUUCUCAGUCUGGACCUUACAUGA